GUACUGUCAGUGAAAUGGAGUUCCUGAAGCUGGCCCAGGACAUCGCUCCAUCUUACUAUAACGCUGUAGGGAUAUCUCUAGGGUUCUCCUAUGCUCAACUACAGGCAAUCCUGGUUGAGAAUUUGAAGAACUACACCAAUGCCUUACUGGAUGUCUUUAUGAAAUGGAAUGUCAUGCAGCAACCUUCACACUCAAACACACGACAGCUUUUGGCAGACAAACUACGAGAGAUUGACUUGGGUUCCCUAUCAGACGGAUUACUCAAUGGACCUCCAAUUCCAAACAGCACAGGAGGACCAUCACGACUGUCAGAAUCACAGACCAAACCUCUAUCUCCUGAACUGGUUAAGCGGUGUGCAAUUGAUUUCAAGUUCAAGUACAGGUCAACUCUUUGUAAGAUCAGAACUGAUCCUCUCAAUCCUGCUUCCACUGUGCAGUUUAAAGACAUGUAUACUAAUCUCUACUUACAAGAAGAGCAUGGGACAGAGAAGCGAAAGCUAGAUUACAAUGAUAUUCUUGACCUCAAAGUCAAUGGAGAGUUCCCCAAGCGGAUCAUGAUUCAGGGAGAGGCAGGGGCUGGAAAAACUACAUUUUGUGCUAAGAUUGCCUGGGACUGGAUUGAAGGGAAGCAUUUCAGUGACUUUGUGUGGGUCUUGAUUGUUCCUCUACGUGAAUUUAAGCGACACACUAUUGGCGAGAUUGCAAAGUCUUAUCUGGACAAAAGCAAUCCAGCAACAGUUUCUCAGAUUACUGAGUAUAUCCGCUCAAAUCCUGACAAGGUGUUCAUUGCAUUCGAUGGGCUAGACGAAGUCAGUGGCAAAAUCAUGAAGACAAAAUCUUGUGAAUCACAGUCUACUGAUCGAACGCAACUUCAGCCAUCACAGCCAAGGGUCACCUCCUCAGAGGCAUGCAGAAGCUCAUCUGAGACUGGUGAUAUUGCACUUGUAGAUAUUCUUUGUUCGGAUCAACUUGCCUCUUGCCCAGUCUUGGUGACGACUCGCCCAUGGAGAGCAGUAGAGUUUAGAUCAGAUGGUGAUCUAAUGAAGCUCUACACAUUCAUUCAUGUUGAGGGUUUCGACAGAGAGAAUUUGUCAGUUUACAUUCACAAAUACUUUCCAAACAAUGAUGAUAAAGCAAAUCAGCUUAUCCAGUUCACCAAUGAUAACGAUGUCAUAUCUGAAAACAUGGCCCACUAUCCUAUAUAUGUAGCCAUGUUGUGUCUCAUGUGGAAACAACUUGACGAGCGAAAACUAAAGGAACUGAAAUCACUGAAAACUUUUUCUCAGAUAUUCAAAGUAAUGAUUGUCUUUCUAAAAGAACAUUAUGCUCAGAAAAAGGAGAAGAAGGCAGGCAGCCCCUCACUUAUUGCCUAUUUGAAACAAAUUGACGAGCUCCUUGGACCGAUUGCCAAACAGGCCCUCAAUGGUCUGCUAGAAAAUACAUUGGUUUUCGGUGAAGAUGAUUUUGAAAUAUGCCCUGAAUCCAUGGACACUGCCUGUCGGGUUGGGAUUUUGUCUCAGGAGGACAGAAUUACCGAUAGCAUGGACAUACAUCAGAGGAAUUCUCAUGUGCAAUUGCCAGUCUUCUUCCCUCACAAACUGUUUCAGGAGUAUAUGGCUGGAGUCCAUCUUGCUUCCCUGUAUGAAUCGGAUCGUAAUGAAUUCAACAGGUUGAUUGAGCAAGUAGUGCUGCCAAGGAAGGAGGAGUUUAGGUAUCUCCUCUUCUUCACUGUGUCACAGAACAAGAGUAUUGCAACCCAUGUAAUGAGCUCUAUCCUUCAGAGAAUGCACAUGAACAGAGCGGCAUCACAGGAACAGAUUGAUUUCAUUGUUGAUGUAGCCUUUGAGAGUCAGGACCCAGAUGUAGCAGCCUUGGUAAAGGACAGGGUUUCAUCAGAGGAGAUUGAGCUGUACAUAGACAAGUUCAUGACAGCACACACUGUAGCUGGUUAUGCAUUCAUUGGACUACAUGUGGUUGAACUCAAAAUUAUGGGACAUUUUGGACCUGCCGGUACUAUGUCACUAGAUUUGGCAGAGAUAAUAAUGUGCUCCAUGCCAUCCUUGAAGAAAGCUUCUCUAACCUCUCUAGCAUUCAAUCAUCAGUUUUUUGAAACACUUGCAAGGAAAGGAAAAGAAUCAAAGAUCCAGACUCUCAGCUUUCAAGAUAUCACGUGUCCCACACCAGCUUCAUCACAUCACCUAGCAAAAGCACUUUGUUCUAUGCCAAACCUGACUGACCUAAUACUUGCAGUGAGGGGGGUCACUGAGGAGUUCUACUCUACAUUGAAAGCAAUGUCAUCAUCCAUAAAGGUAUGUGUGUUCUAAAGUAAAUUUCAUGGAGAGGGUCAUGAUAUAAAUAAGAGCAGUAAUGAUUAUAUGGUGCACAUAUAUAUAUAUAUAUAGUUAUUUCUAAUUUUAAUUUUUUGUAAAGUUAAAUGCCAUUCACUUGAUACGUCGGAAUAGUCAUGGAAUGAAAGCAAACUACACUUUCUUGUUUUAGAUUUUAUUGAAACAUUACAUUUUUUUAAAUAUGUCAUCUUUGUCUGAAUAGACCCUCAAUGUCACCUCUCCACUUUCUUCUAAUUCUCAUUCCUACCUCUUCCCUUUCUCAUUCUCACCCUUCCCUUUUUUUGUAUUGCUCUCAUAUAUUUGUGUGUGACUGUGGGUGUGGGCAUAGACAUGGUUGAUAUCCACUGUAGGAAAUGUUUGGUUUUUCUUUUCCCCUUCUAAAUAUACAUAUUCAGUCAGUACGCUGCUGCACGAAAAACACCUGUAUUUAUCCUAGUCGUAUGCAAGCCAAGCGCUCAAUAUGCAUACGUAAUGAGCACACAAGCUUGAAAACACAGACAUGUUUCCACCUAUACAUAAUGGUAUCUUGUUAAUUAUUUUACAUGAAUGAUAUGUCAAAUUGAAGAGGGAAAACUGCACUUUCAUUAAUCUGAAUUAAAAAUGAACUGGACUCCAUUACCUUAUGAAAUAUUUCUCGUCAAGUAAAAGCUUACCUUUUCCCUAAUUUCAUCGAGUUUAUGAUGUAAGUGAACGCAUAAAAAACAUAUAA